AUGGACACGGAUGGAUCAAUUCGUCUCGUAGCUUCCAGUUUGAAAGUUCAGCGAUCAGGUCUGCCUGCCACGGUGCCACCUGCGACCAUUUGCCACCAGGAGUACAGUCAGACGAUAAAUGUUGUUCUUGGUCUUCAGGCAGGACUGUCUUUGAUUAUUGGAGAACUAACCUUGAUUUCAGGCAUAGCAGUUGGUUCAACCUUAGUUUUUGAAUAUGGUGAUCCUAUCACUGGCGGCAGGAGGAUGGCGGGAACAUUCAAUGCCUGCAUAGCAGGCUUUACGCUUCUUUGUUUUGUGCUUGGUUUAUUAGUCAGUCAACCAAAUGUCCCAGUCAAUGUGAAUGUGAUGUUCCCCAAGUUGAGUGGUGAGAGUGCUUAUUCGCUGAUGGCACUUCUUGGCAGAAAUGUAAUAACACACAAUUUUUAUGUUCAUUCAUCGAAUCUAGCUGUGCAAAGAAGAUCUCUAGCUCCUACCCUUGGUUCUCUGUUCCAUGAUCACCUGUUUUCUAUAUUAUUCGUAUUUACUGGGGUUUUUCUUGUGAACUAUGUUCUAUUGAGCUCAGCAGCAGAUGAAUCCGGUAACAUAACACUUGUUAGCUAUCAAGAUGGUAUAGAGUUAAUGAACCAGAUGUUUGCGAGUCCUGUGGCGCCAGUUGUGUUGUUAGUGAUCCUAAUCUUCUCAAGCCACAUCAUCUCGUUGACAUCUAUUAUUGGUAGUGAUGUGAUUAUAAAGAACAUUUUUGGUGUUAAACUGCCAGAUUCUGCACAUCAUCUGCUACUUAAGGGUGUCGCCAUCAUUCCUUGUAUCUACUGUGCAAAGGUCGCUGGUUUUGAAGGGAUAUAUCAGUUACUUCUUCUCUGUCCAGUUAUCCAGGUUAUGUUCCUUCCUUCAGCUGUAAUCCCCCUUAUCCGUAUUUCCUCAUCAAGAUUAAUCAUGGGCAGCUACAAGAUAGCUUUACAUGUUGAAAUAUUUGCCACUCUUGCAUUUCUUCUUAUGCUGUUUACAAAUAUCAUUUUUGUGGCGGAAAUCCUGUUUGGUGAUAGCACAUGGACAAACAACCUCAAAGGAAACACCGGAGGCCCUGUUUUGCUUCCAUAUAUUGUCAUAGUCCUAACUUCUUUUGCAAGUAUUGCUUUUACGCUAUUCCUUGCUGUUACUCCACUAAAGGUUCUGGAUGAGCACGGAUCGGUGCUAAGUGGCAGCUCACUGUGCAGUGGCGAGCACCCUGCUUGGCCCCAAGGGCGAGCACCUGACGGUGCAAGAAUGGACCUGCGUACACGGCACAGCACAGAGAAGGGACGAACACCAGAGCGAGCAGCUUCCUGUGGAGAACGACAGACGGACAACCGGGUUCUGGAUGAGCACGGAUCGGUGCUAAGUGGCAGCUCACUGUGCAGUGGCGAGCACCUGACGGUGCAAGAAUGGACCUGCGUACACGGCACAGCACAGAGAAGGGACGAACACCAGAGCGAGCAGCUUCCUGUGGAGAACGACAGACGGACAACCGGUCAUCAGAAAUCAGCUUUGGAGCAUACCGAGUGUUCUGAUACCGCUACAGAGUCUGAUCAUGAUGCUCAAGAACCAACAUCUCAUAGGGCAGUUGAUCCUGAAGCUCGCCUCUCACUGUCUGCAUUCCGCGAUGAGCCCAAAUUUGUUGAGGUUGACUGGACAGAGCCAAUGUCAAAGGUGUCACGUGAUUUGGAAUUUGACAAGUCCUAUGGGGGCAAGGUACCUUCUUUCCCUUCUGGUGGUCCACCAUCUCUUAUGUUGAGCAGGGGAGAUGAUGGAGAUGAUACUGAUGCUGGUAAUGUCAGUGGUUUCGUCUCAAAACAGUCUGGUUUGGGCAGUGCAGCAUGGAGACAGUUAGCAGCAAUUCUUGAUGAGUUCUGGGGGCAACUUUUUGAUUAUCAUGGUAAACUUACACAAGAGGCCAACACUAAAAGGUUGAUUGGACUGGACUUGAGAGCAGCUGGUUCUGCUGUGAGGAAAGAUAGCCUAUCAAUUGAAGCUUCCAGUAACUCAACGAUGAGAGAUGUAAUGCCUGGGUCAGCUACUGUAUUGAACACAUGGGAUUCUCAUGAUAAAGAUAUCUCUAAUCAAGACACGGGUAUCGGUCUGCAGAUGGGUACCAUGGGUCCACCAACAUGGUCUCAAAGCAUGCAUUUACCAAAUAGAGAUAUUCCAAGUUCAGGCAGAAUCCUCCUUGAGCAAAAUGCUAAAUUAUAUUCAAAUUUUCAUACUCCAUCUUACUCCGGUAACCAGUUUUAUCAGCCGGCUACCAUUCAUGGGUAUCAGCUAGCAAACUAUUUGCAAGGGAUAAAUGCAAGUCGAAAUCAUAGCACUCCACUGGACCCAUGGCAACCUCCUAGAUCUUCUGAAUCUGCUAUUCCCAACUAUACUUGCUCUGCGAUGAAUGCUCAUACCCAUAAUCUCCUUGGUUCAUUUGGAGAUAGCUCUUUGCAAAGCCCGACAUUGAACCGCUUAAGUACAAUGGCAGCGGAAAGAUCCUACUAUGAUCCUAUCUCCAUUGGUGGGAGUGAGAGUGUUGCCUCAUCUGCUAACUCAAAGAAGUAUCACAGUUCACCUGACAUAUCUGCGGUAAUUGUUGCGAGCAGAGAUGCUUUGUUGAAUGAAGCAAAUUUGGGUGGUCCUGCUGCAAAUCUAGCAUACCUGAGUAGGUUGGCAUCUGAAAAAUCACGGUAUGUGGACUUAGCAGUCAGGCCAUCAUCUCCACUUACUGAGCUGUCACAACAUAAUGUUCAGAGAGAUGUGCUCUCUACACAGAGUGAGGUGAACACUGGCCGGGGAGCAAGUAGUGCCAUGAAGGAUGAUUUCUCUUACACACAGUUUCAGGCAGAACUUCAUAAGUCUCUUAGAUUUUGCAUCAUGAAGCUCUUGAAGCUGGAAGGAUCAGAGUGGCUGUUUAGUCAGAACGGCGGUUGUGAUGAAAAUCUAAUUGAUCAAGUCUCUGAAGCCGAGAGAGUUUCACAGGAAGGAACCAAUGACGACAGAGAUACCAAUUAUGUGCACAGAGCGCCCAAUUGCGGAGAUGAUUGUGUUUGGCGGGCUUCCCUGAUUGUUAGUUUUGGUGUCUGGUGUAUCCAUCGGGUGCUAGACCUGUCCCGCGUGGAAAGUAGACCAGAACUUUGGGGCAAGUAUACAUAUGUUCUCAACCGUCUUCAGGGAAUCAUUGAUCCUUCACUCUCAAAUCCCCGGAAACCCCUAAUGGCAUGUGCAUGCCUCCCGAAUGCAGGCCCGGUUGGCAAACCCAUCCCUGGCAGCUUCAUCACGGCAGCCAUGAUCCUGGAGGUGAUCAAGGGCGUGGAGCAAGCUGUCUCAAGCCGCAUGGGGCGGAGCGGCACAGCAGCUGGAGAUGUGGCCUUUCCCAAAGGGAAGGCGAACCUGGUCUCUGUGCUCAAGCGAUACAAGCCAAGGCUUGGCAACAAGACGCCGCCUAGGCGGUAG